AUGGACGACGACCUUGACCUCUCCUCUUGGAUGGGCAAACCGCCCGAUGUGCCCCAGCCUGUUGACGAACCUGUUGAAAACGGCGUUCCUGAUGAAUUCGAUGUUGAAAUUGUACAAAGUGCUUCUUCCGCGCACACAGACUCGGACGACGAGGGCGACAUCCUGCACGAAGACGACAAUGGCCAGCGCAAAACCAGCGGUGUGCAGGGUACAGUGUCAGUGAGGUCAAUGUCAGAAAGCCCAGAAGAGGUGGAUGACUCCGUGGUCCGACCGCAGCCACAGUCUUUCUAUAUCGACGUGCCGAAGUUGUCAGACGAGGCCAAGCAGGAUUACGGUUAUCUUCCUGGACACUUCUCAGUGCGCAGAGUGCUGUCCAAGAGCAAGAAUGAUACGUACAUGGUCAAGCUAGACAGCGGGGAGGUGGACUUCAUCUCACUGCGUGAUCUACAAGAUCUUGACAACGGCCCAUCUGCCCUUGCAGAGUUCCGGAAAAACAAAAUGACCAGACAAGGCAAACGAAGCGCUCGGCAACCGGCGCUUCAAGGCAUGGUUGACUGGAGUACUAUUCAAUUCUCAGAUGCUGAAGAAGGUCUGCCGGUCAGAAAGCGUCGAGGCAACACUCAAGACAGCGAGGUGUCAGCGAACGAAGCAGAAGACAAUUCGUCAGAUCAGGAUGAUGAGAAACUCUCAGAUGAGCCGCAAACCACGGGACGACGAUCAGCACGCCUCCAUCGCCAGAGGAAGACAAAGUACCUUCAGCAAGAGCUGCUCGAGUUUGACGAUGACUCGGAUGUGCCCCGCCGCAGAAGCACAAGACGGAUCUCCACGCUGAGGCCAACGAAGAGAAACCUGCGUACUGGUAGACGCACCACAUCCAAGUUCCAUGAUUCCUCGUCUGAGCCAGAGGCUGCCACGCGACGCUCUGAAAGAACCAGGACCAGGCCUCGGCGAAGUAUGCGCGAGCGGCAAGAGGACGACAUCUCCAGCCAUGAAGAAGAAAAAGCCGGGCCCAAGAUUGUUAGUACCAAGGAGUAUUUUGCCCGGAUCCCCGAACAAGAUCCAUUCAGAAAACGCCAUCGGCAGGAGUGCGACACCUGCUACUUCAAGGGCGAUGACGCCGCGAAAGGACCGCUAGUCUUCUGUCAGGGAUGCUCAAAUUCUUAUCACAAGGUCUGCCUUGGGCCUCGAGGCAGCCGGGAUCAUCUGGUGACUAAAGUUGGGAAUGACCUGUUUGUUCUACAGUGUCGGCGCUGCAUUGGACUUGCUCACGAACGCGAUCAACGAGCACCACACCAUGGCUUUUGCGUCGGCUGUAAUACUCUUGGUGAACUUUCAAAACCUCUCCGCAACCGUUUGACAACACGUCAAGAGCAACUUCAGAGAGAAGAAAAUGGCGGAAGAGAUCCAAUCACCAUUGUGGAACCGGGUUUGAUCAACAACGUUUCCAAUGUACUUUUCAGGUGUGCUCAAUGUUUCCGAGCGUGGCAUAUGCACCAUCUUCCCGCAAGGGAGACAGCACAUUCAUCCUUGGACGACGAAGACGACGAAAUGCUCGAUGAGGCGCAGCUUGCACAGAAACGGUUUGAGCACUACCACCGAUCCUGGAUGUGCAAAGAUUGUAUUGAACAUCAAAGCCAAAUCGACACGCUGGUCGCCUGGCGCCCUGUCGAUCUGGACGCUUAUGUGCCUGGGACCACGGUCGACCAGAUGCAGGAACGAGAGAAAGAAUAUCUCGUCAAGUGGAAAGCCCAGUCAUACUUCCGCACCACUUGGAUGCCAGGCGAUUGGGUCUGGGGUAUAGCCGCAGGCACCACUCGUCUUUCUUUCUUCAAAAAGCUGGAGAAUCAAUUGCCUAAGAUGACAACGGCAGAUGCCAUCCCGGAGGAAGUCUUCCGAGUCGACAUUGUAUUCGACGUACGCUACUCGAGUGUCGUCCGGAAUAGCACCAAGGAGAUCGACCUGGCGCGCGUAAAAGAAGUGGACAUGGCCUUUGUCAAGUACAAGGGCCUUGGCUAUGAGGACGCCAUCUGGGAAAAGCCGCCUCCCUACACCGACACCGAACGCUGGAACGACUUCAAGGAGGCCUAUGAAGACUACGUCCAAAAGCUGCAUCUUUCGAUCCCUCCUCAGACCACCCUCAGGCGACAUCUAAUACAGGUACGGGCCCAGGACUUCCAGUCUAGUGUGAUCAAAAAGACACAACCAUCGAUCGUGACUGGCGGCGAGUUGAUGCUAUAUCAGCUGGAAGGGCUGAACUGGUUGCUGUAUCAGUGGUUCCUCAAUCAGAAUGCUAUUCUCGCGGAUGAGAUGGGUUUGGGCAAAACCAUUCAGCUUGUUGCCUUCUUUGCGGCUCUGGUUCAAGAUCACAAAUGCUGGCCUUUUCUCGUGGUUGUUCCCAACUCCACGUGUCCGAAUUGGAGGCGGGAGAUAAAGAAAUGGGCACCGUCUCUUAGAGUGGUCACCUAUUACGGAUCGUCCACAGCGAGGAAGCUAACCCAUGAUUACGAACUCUUUCCCAGAUCCAAAGACGACGACACCCAUCAAAAACAGAAGAAGAACCGUUCCGAGGCCAAGGAUAUCAAAGCGCAUAUCGUGGUCACAUCUUACGAGGCCAUCGGUGACGAAAAAACUCGACACAGCUUAAUGAGGGUUCCGUGGCAGGGUCUUGUGGUCGAUGAGGGACAACGCUUGAAGAGCGAUCGAUCUCAGAUCUAUGAAAGCUUGUCCAAAUUCAAAUUCCCUUUCAAAGUCUUGCUGACGGGUACGCCGCUGCAAAAUAACGCUCGGGAGCUGUUCAACUUACUACAGUUUUUGGAUAAGAGCGUGAAUGCGGCAGAAUUGGAAGCCAAAUAUGCCAACCUCACGCAAGACAAUGUUCCCGAGCUGCACCAGACUCUGCGAAAGUAUUUCCUUCGGCGCACAAAAGCACAGGUUCUCACAUUCCUUCCGCCCAUGGCCCAGGUCAUCAUCCCAGUCAGCAUGUCCACUGUCCAGAAGAAGGUGUACAAAUCGAUCUUGGCCAGAAAUCCUCAGCUUAUGAAAUCCCUCUUCACUCAAGACAAGAGUGUGCCAGCCAAGGAACGAAUGAACCUCAACAACAUCUUGAUGCAAUUGCGCAAGACGCUAUGCCAUCCGUUUGUCUACAGUCGGGACAUAGAAGAAAGAGGGGUUGAUCCUACAACAGCAUUUCAAAAUCUGGUGCAGGCGUCAGGCAAAUUACAGUUGCUCUCAAUUAUGCUCCCUAAGCUUCAGGAGAGAGGUCAUCGCGUCCUCAUGUUCAGCCAGUUUCUGGACAACCUCGACGUGGUCGAGGAUUUCCUGGACGGGCUCGGAUUGCAACACCGUCGGCUGGACGGCAGCAUUUCUGGUAUAGAGAAACAAAAGCGGAUCGACGAGUUCAAUGCCCCAGACUCGCCAUAUUUUGCGUUUCUGCUUUCAACUCGAGCGGGUGGUGUGGGCAUCAAUCUUGCCACAGCAGACACGGUGAUUAUUCUAGAUCCUGAUUUCAACCCUCAUCAGGACAUUCAAGCUCUAUCCCGAGCUCAUCGGAUCGGUCAAAAGAACAAAGUUUUGGUUUUCCAACUGAUGACGCGGAACAGCGCUGAAGAGAAGAUCAUGCAGAUUGGCAAGAAAAAGAUGGCUUUGGACCACGUCUUGAUUGAGCGCAUGGACAAGGAAGAGGACGCUGGCGAGGAUCUGGAAUCGAUCUUGAAGCACGGCGCCCAAGCGCUGUUCGAGGACGAGUCCGGGGCCGAUGACAUUGUGUAUGAUUCCGCUUCGGUGGACCGGCUAUUGGACCGCAGCCAAGUGGAGGAUACCAAGACCAGUGAAGAGAAAUCCGCCGAGUCUCAAUUCAGCUUUGCUCGUGUAUGGGCCAAUGAUAAAUCAUCGCUGGAGGAAGAGAUCGCGGCCGACACUGGCACAAGCACGCCGAACCCUGGUAUCUGGGAUAAGAUCCUGGCCGAACGCGAGCGACUGUUUGCGGAGGAGCAAGCCAGAAAAGCUGAAGCGUUCGGCAGGGGGAAGCGUAGGCGACAGGCCGUGGAUUACGGAGUAGAUGACAACGAAAACCCGGAGCAGAAGAAACGAGCCAAAUCCGGCGGUCGCGUCCUCGAACCUGACGAUACGGACUAUCAGGCGCCUGCUCAGCCGUCUGAGGACGACGACGUCAGCAGCGGAGAGGAAUCAGACGAUAAGCCGAAUCGCUCGGUGAAAGCACGGCCAUUCAAAAGAGUGCGGGUUCCCCUGGGACAAGCACCGCAGUUCGAAGGUGAAGGACAAUUUGAUUUCGGUCCGAUACAUAACAUGCCCCGUAUUCAUCAUUGUUCGGCAUGUGCUGAACACCAUCCGAUGGGAUGGUGUCGUCUCAAGCUGGCCGGACUCGAAUAUUGUCCACUUUGUGGGCUGGCGCAUCUCGGUUAUGGGCGGACGUGUCCGCAUCUCAACGACGAGGUGCAGAUUGCGACGCUGCUACAGACCCUCAAGGAGAGCACUGAGAGCCGGGAAUUGGUCGAGCAAGCCACCAACUAUCUACGCUCGAUCCGCGGGACUCUGGUGCACAGUCGACGGGUUCGAGAACGUAGAGAGCAGCAGGAGGCGCUGGCUCGGCAGACUCAUGUUUUACGUUCCUGA